CUGUGUAUGGAAACCUCCAUGAGACGAAUCCCAGAGGACAUUCCACAUGAUUUCACUAAAAUUCGAAUUGAAAACAGCCGCCUGACUGAGUUACCUCAGGGAUCUUUGUCUAAAGUUAGUGCCUUGGAGUUCCUCUGGCUGAAUUUCAAUGAGAUCUCCCUGAUGAACAUAAAAAGCCUGGAGGGGCUGGCCAACCUAACUGAGCUCAGGCUACAAGGGAACAAGCUGACUUCAGUACCAUGGAUGGUGUUUCAGGACACACCGAAACUGAAGAUUUUGGACCUGAAGCACAAUAGACUGGACGUCCUGCCUGAACACGCUCUGAGACACUUACCUGCACUGACUUACUUAGAUUUAUCUUUCAAUCAGCUUACUGUCAUAUCAAAAGAUGUUUUCAUUAAUUGGCCUCGUUAUCGUACAGCAGAGAAAGAGUGGGAGAAGGAAGGGCUGGUUUCCAAUGUGGUUCUGGCGUUGCAUGACAACCCCUGGUUGUGCGAUUGCCGCCUCAAAGGCUUUGUUGAGUUCAUCAGGGCGGUGAGCCCUCCCAUCAUUCUGAUGAACUCUUAUUUGACAUGCUCAAGCCCCGCCUCCAAAGCAGGCAAGUUUUUCAAUGAGAUCCAGUUAAAAACAUGCAUGAAGCCGGUAGCCUCUGCCCCAGAGACUAACAUCACUUUACCUCUCGGAGCAAAUGCAACACUCACAUGCUUAGUCAAGGCCAGGCCAGGCCCAACCAUUCAGUGGAUGUACAGUCUGAAGAUUAUAAGAGGAUUUGCUGCUAAAGAGACUUACAUAGACGGGGACACAGUCACCUCCCAGCUGGUGAUUCCCUCUCUUCAGCUGGCAGACCGAGGACUCUACACCUGCAUAGCCAACAACUUCAUUGGCAACUCUUCUGUCAGCAUCAAGGUUAACAUCAGCUCCUCCAGUUCCUCUGUUCCUCUCCCUCCACAUGUCCCCAUGUUGUCAACCGACGAGAAUCCCUACAUUGACAUCCGCAUAGCUAAGCAGACAGUUUAUGGUAUCACCCUUGAGUGGUAUGCAGCAAGGAACAACCCAGCAGAAACCUGGUUCACCAUCCACUUUGGCAAAUAUGAUUCACCCAAAAAGGAGAUGAUCUACAUUGGCCCAGGCAUCAACAGCUACUCUGUCAGCGACCUGCUUCCUGUCACCAAAUACGAGGUGUGUGUGACCCUGAAGAACCAUCAGCCGAGGGAAGGCCAGUGCAUCGUAUUCGUGACGGGAAGUGACAUCAGUGAGCUUGAGCAAAGAGAGAGGCUCAUCCACAUUAUUGUCAUUGUGUGCGCCAUGAUGCUGGCAGUGCCGGCUGGCAUGUACGCCUGUACCACAGAGGCCAGGUUCAGCUGCGUGGAGCGCUGCAUGGAUCUGUGGAAGAUGCGCAGGCUGCGUGAAGAGAACCUGCAGAGGACGGAGAGGCAGGGCACCUUCGACAGCCUGCAGUCAGCCAGCGAUGAGGGCCUGUGCAGGGUCUCAGAGGAAAAGAUGAAAAAGAGGCGGAAGUCUGAGGACAGGAGCAAGGGAGGAAAUGCAGCUCAUCUGUACUAGCAUUAAAGUUAAGAAAUGUACAUGCAUGCGUUUUUGUAAAUAUUGUCAGUUUUGAGUGUAGCCCCAGUUUGUGCUUCUCAUGUGUUAUAAUAAUAAUAAUAAUAUAGUAAUAACAUUUCAGUCAAAGAGCUACAGUAAGAAUCUCAUUUUCUGAAAAAUAAAAUAUUUGAUCUUUAAAAAACUAAGGAUCAUUAACAAAACGCUAUUAAGAUGCUAUUUCUCAGAUUCUCAAAGACGCCAUCUCGGUGACAAAAUAUUCUUACUGGUGCAGGAUUUCUUUUUGUAUUUUUUUAACUUGUUUCCCAAGUUUUGACUCUAUUUGUUAUGGAAAUGAACUCUUUUUGUACAACACAGGAAAAAUAUUAACCCAUUGUUUUUUUUUAAACUGUUAAAGGACAGAAAGUAAAAUCAUUACAGACAAAUAUAUAUUUAAAAAAUGUUGGUUCAGUUUACAAACCAAGCAACCACAUAUGUCAUUUCUGGCUACCAUCUUUGUUUAGAUUAGGAAAGAGUCACCGCUGUGGACAACAGUAGCAUCUUAUUUUUUAUCGUGCAGCAAACUGAAUAUUUUGACAUCCAGAAGAUCAGAAGAGUCUUGAGGAGUCCUCAAAGAAUCCUGGAAACCAAAAGACCAUUUUGUUAAAUGGCCUUCUAGUUUUUUUGAUCACAUUUAAUACUAAUACAUGAGAGACACAAACUUUUGUUAUUUUGAGUAUAUCCUGUAAAUUUCAAGCUAUCAGCUCAAAGUGGAGAUGCCUUUCUUCCUUAUUAUAAGGAGGGCCUUUUGUUACAAGUGUUAAUAUACAUGUAGAAAAAGUUUGUGCUAAAAUGCAUUUGAUAUUUUUGGGUCUUUUUAUUUUUUCUACAAUCCUAAAUGAACAUUGAAAAAUGUAAAUAAUUAAUACUUUAUAAAUUUCUUUGUUUUUAACUUCGCUAAACUAAAUUGUGUGUUGAUUCAUUGCUGAGAUAAUUUGAAUCCACUUUAU